CCACCCCCCUACUCGAGCCGACGAGCAGCCGGGUUAUCAAAGAAUUUUCGUAGGUGGUGACUUGUUUCAUUUUCUUUGUUUUCGUUUAGAACUUGCCAUUUUGUCCUUUACUUGAAAUUAAAAACAGAAACAAGACCAUCGAAGGGAGAACGAACGCAGUUUGUACUUAUAAGAAACAAUGGCAUUCAAUUUUGGGAGUGCGGGGGAGGAAACGAAUCCCGCCAAACCAUGCCGGACGUGCACCGAUUUCAAAACGUGGGCGAAACAAACUAAACAAUCCAUCUCUGAUAAGGCAGGAUCGGCCCCAGUUCAGCGUAACAAAGAAUGUCCGCUUGAUAAAGAUGAACUUGGUAAAAAUACAUGGGGAUUUCUGCAUACCAUGGCAGCCUACUACCCAGAUAAUCCAACACCUCAACAAAAAAAUGAUAUGAAGUCAUUUUUCAAUAGUUUUUCACAAUUUUACCCAUGUGAGGUGUGUGCGAAAGACUUCCAACAAGAGUUGCGACUGCAGCCACCUAAUGUUGAAAAUCAGAAGGGGCUUACAAAGUGGCUAUGUGAUAUGCACAAUAUUGUAAAUGUUAAACUUGGUAAGCAAUCAUUUGAUUGCAAUCGUGUGAAUGAAAGGUGGAAAGACGGAUGGCUUGAUGGUUCUUGCAACUAAUUAAUUUCUUCACUAAUGUGGUAGGGGUCCUUAUAACUAAUAAAUGGAAGAAAGCAAGAGAUGUGUGUUAUCUGUUGGAACUAUGUUAAUUGACUCAAUCGUCUCAUAAGUUUCAAUUGUAUUAUCAUGUUCAAGGAAGAUUUAGUCUUUCAAGGAGUCUUUCAACAUUUGCACUUGAGCUUUCAGCUCUUCCAUUUUCAAUCCUGAAACAAGAAGAGCGGGUCUCUCAAUAUAAUAAAGAAAGGAAGAAAGUGCAUAA